AAGCUCGGGUAUAUAAACGUACGUAGUCCCAACAGGGUGUGAGAGGGGUCGGUAAAUCAAAAGACAAGAGGGCAAACGACCGAUCUGUCCGGACAUCUUCUUAGACUGUAGCAGAGACAACUCCAGAUAACCUGGAAUCUAGUUCAUUAGAGUCUUGUUCGGAGUCUUCAAAGAAUAUGGCGGCAGCCGGAAGUUCUUCUGAAACUACUGAGACAUCCCAGAAGGUGGAGGAAAACAGUGACGUCCAGCAGUUGGAAAUUAACACAGUGAAGCAAACUUUUACUGGUCAGUGUCGCGUGCUGACCAACAUAGGCGAACACCGACAUAUUGUAACUCUUGUGCCAAAGGACAAGGACCUUGUGAUUAAAUUCCAGCUGACAGCAAACUAUCCAAAUGACGCACCAGGGAUUUUGAUCAAAUCUGCAGUUUUGGAUGAAGAAGAGGUUACCUCCCUUCAGAAUCACCUUCAGGAGAGAGCGGAACAGAUGAAAGGAGCGGGGAUCAUACUGGUCCUUGCUGCUGAAGCUCAGACGUGGCUUGAAGAUCAGGGAAUCAUUAUAGAAGAAAGGAUUCAAGAAAACAAUUCAAAGAAAACAAAUAGGUAUAACACUAAAGGAAGUGGGGAAAAACAAAAACGGAAGAAACGCAAGGAACAGAUAGAAGAAAAAGAAACCGAAAACGUGAAAAAGGCAGCCAUGAAAACAGCAGAAGAUGUAAUUAAACGUAUACAAUGGGAUGGACAGCUGCCCCAGGACGAAUUUAUUGUUGGAUAUAUUGACAGGUUCACAGGAAUUCAGGAAAAGUACUUUGAUUCCUUCAGCUGGGAAGACAUUGCUUCUGUAGACUACACCGUACUAGCAAUUCCCAAACAUAGGAUUCAAUACUUCAAAUAUCGCGACAUAAAAAUCUGGGAUAAAAAUGACAGAUUGGACAACGUUUUCGGGUCUUUAGGAAGUAAAAUUACUGUUUAUGAUGUCAUUAAGCAAUGUAAAGAAGAGGAAAAGGCAGCGAAAACAAAUGCAGAUGGAAAGGAAGAUGUUGACGAUGAUGACGAUGAGGAGGAUGACGAUAGUGAUAGUGAUGAUGGUAUUACUGUUUCUCUUGGUGCCUCUGCAGACCCAACAGGAGAAGGAAAUAAUUUUGAAGACGAUAAUAUGUCGGAUGAUGAAGAAGGAUAUGAUAAAUAUUGGCGAGACAAAAUGAGGCCAAAUCACUUCGUAGCCUUGAGAAUUUCUAAUGAAGAUAUCAGAAAUACUGCAGAAGACAUACAAAAUAUCAUCCUUGAACAUGAGCCACAGUACCAUGAAUGUUGUAUUCCUCCUAACGCCCUCCAUAUCACUCUGUGCACCCUGGGACUCGACACACCAGAACAGGUUGCAAAUGCUGUCCGAGCCAUGAAAAAAAUUAAACCAGAGCUAGAGACUAUUGUUCCUAAAGAUAAACCGAUUGUGAUGAAAGGUAUCGAACAGUUCUUCAAUCGUGUCCUCUAUGCUAAAGUUGAAUGCCCUCCAGAAUUUUAUCAGUUUGUGGAACAUUUGAAAUUGUGUUUAAAGGAAGAAGGUAUAGAUAUCCGUGACAACCAUGACUUUGUUCCUCAUAUGACGGUGAUGAAAAUCACCCGUCCUGUUGCCAGGGCAACUGGUAAAAAGUACAUAUCACCGUGGUUGUACUCGGGUCAAGCUGAAGUGGACUUUGGAACACAGGUAGUGGACAAUGUCCAUCUGUGUGAAAUGGGAUUUGGUCGUCAGGACGACGGUUUUUACAUGACACCGGCAUCAAUUGAUUGGUAAAGAAACGUAUGGCAAAGGAUUCAAUAUGCACGUGUAAUAUUAAUGAAAAGUUAACAGAUGGAAGCCGGAAACCAUUUUUAUUAAAGUCCUUCGUCAAUGAUUACAGUUUCACAUCAGAAAAUGCCAUUUCCAGAUUAACAUUCUUAUUUUCAAUAUGACAACUUACCAAAGUUCUGUGAUAUCUAA